UGUGCCCGUCCCAGCAGGCAUCCCGUGUCUUCGCUCCAUCCUUCUCUCCCUGAAGACCAUCCUGCUCACACAGCCUGGCUCCCGGUGGCCCUGCUUUCUCCUGAUUCUCUCCGCUGGGCCGGCAUCUCCGGGCCUCUGCAGGCGCUGUGGCUGAGAGGCAGCCUCAGGCAACAUGCCGGAGCAGAGCAACGACUACCGCGUGGCCGUGUUCGGGGCGGGCGGCGUGGGCAAGAGCUCGCUGGUGCUGCGGUUCGUGAAGGGCACCUUCCGCGAGAGCUACAUCCCCACCGUGGAGGACACCUACCGGCAGGUCAUCAGCUGCGACAAGAGCAUCUGCACGCUGCAGAUCACGGACACCACGGGCAGCCACCAGUUCCCCGCCAUGCAGCGCCUGUCCAUCUCCAAGGGCCACGCCUUCAUCCUCGUGUACUCCAUCACCAGCCGCCAGUCCCUGGAGGAGCUCAAGCCCAUCUACGAGCAGAUCUGCGAGAUCAAGGGUGACGUGGAGAGCAUCCCCAUCAUGCUGGUGGGCAACAAGUGCGAUGAGAGCGCGGGCCGCGAGGUGGAGAGCGGCGAGGCGGAGGCGCUGGCGCGCCGCUGGAAGUGCGCCUUCAUGGAGACCUCGGCCAAGCUCAACCACAACGUCAAGGAGCUCUUCCAGGAGCUGCUCACCCUGGAGAAGCGCAGGACCGUGAGCCUCCAGAUCGACGGCAAGAAGAGCAAGCAGCAGAAGAGGAAAGAGAAGCUCAAGGGCAAGUGCGUGGUCAUGUGAGGCCCUCCCGCGCCCUGCCCCCUCCCGCCCCUCUCCCCGUGAAGCCCCCCGCCAGGCCGCAUGUAAGAUGCCCACACGUUAACUCUCACUUGGACCGAGACUUGCCCUGUCGUCCUCAAGAGGGCAUCCACACCACCAACAAUGAGCCCCUGUCCGAACCAGGAGCCGCCAGACGGUCCAGCGAAAACCCGCGUGCCGGCGGGGGAGGGGGCCGAGUGCCCGCAGCCUCUGUGGCCUCUGGGUGUGUGUGUGUGUGUGUGUGUGCCGCCAGGAGUGGAGCGAGGGAGGGAGUGCCCUGCAUGCGUGUCCAAGCAUGUUCACCGGGCUGCAGGUCCACCACAGACCAGCCUGUCCUCCGCUCAGCAGCGGUGCCAUCCUGGGGGGACGGGGCAGGGGAAGCGGGAGAAGCCAGGCCAGAGCUGCUUUCCUCCUGGUUCUUUAGCUGGAUUGGAACCACAGCCUCCCCAGAGGUGCUCACUCCGCUGGCCUGUGAGCCCGGGGUGCCCUCCCCUGGGCCGCCUUGCGGAGGCUUUCUGUUCUCCAGCGGUCGGGUUCCGGACGCCCGCCUGUGAGCGCUGCGGGCGUGAGCACGGGCACCUCGGUUACGAGCCCUGCUCUGGCACCCAGAGGGUUUCCCCGUGAGGUUUCCUCCUCUAGCGCCCGCGAAGCCUCAGAUUGUAAACACAAGCGACAAUGGCUGUCUUCCGCGUCCUGUUCUGGCCGUGGGGCUGUCCUCUGCCCGGGGACCUGACCUGCGGGCAGCCGGGAGGCCGUGGGGCGGAGCACCUGCCCUCCAGGGGCCGCGGCGGGAGUGGCCCCCCCCCCCGCUCCCCCGCACUGAAGGGCAGUGGUCGCUGUCUCCUGCCCUUGGGCACUGCACUCCGGAAACGCCUCGGGCAGCACCCGGUCUCCAGGUGCCCUCAGAAGCGCCGCCUUCUGAUGAUCUUCUCCUGAUGAUCUGCCUGCACCCUAGCCCUGCAGCCCGAUCGAAGCCAUGCUGGUCCCUGCCCGGCGGGCGCCCGGGCGGGCCGUGGGGCCGAGGCCGCCUGUCUAAUUCUCUGCCGUCCAGUGUCCGGUUUGGCUCUGCUUCCCGAAAAUUCCCGCUGACGGAGCCCAAGUUCUCCCUUUUGUUCCCGACUCCGGAAUCUCCUCUUGGCGGUCCUCCUGAGCCCGCCUGGCAGCCGACGUGGCCCUGGCCACCUGCCAUGGGCAGCAGCCGGCAGAGGUGUUGCCUGUGGGGCGGCUGCACCUCCUCGGCCCUCUCCCGGCACCUGCUCCGGGGCAGGCCCGAGGCCAUCGCAGUGGCGCUCCCACUCCAGAUGCCAACAAACCCUGUCAGCCUUCCGGGGACCUUCCUGCCAUUGUCUCACCCUCUGUUCCAAUGCCUCCCCUCCCCGUCCCCUCCCUAAGGUCAGUGUGUGGGAGGUGCUGGCCGCCCACCUGAGCCGGGAGUGGGUGGGAGGCCCGAUGUCAGCGGCCGAGGGGGCCAGGCCUCGUGGUGUCCUCACGGACGCCCCCUGCUGGCUGUCUGCUCCGGACUGUCCACCGCCGUCAGGGAGAGCUAAUGGGUGGAUUUUUAGGACAGUUGUCUUUCAACUUGUGUCUACCUGUUUCCUGUUUCUAUUCUUAGAGAAAUGUGUCGGUUUUUGAUCUGGCUCUGGGUCAGGACGUCCUGGCCAGAGGGCCCGGGGCCCGGGUGGGUCUGUGCUGGCAGUAAGCUGGUGUCGCCGCGCUGGCCUGUCCCAGGCCCCAGGGUGAGCCUCCCGCCAGCGUCCUCCUGACGGCAGAGUGCUGCUGGCGCCAGGCCAGGCCGUGGUUUUAGUGCUCAGAGCUCAGGGAGUGAGGGUCCAUACCAUGGAAACUGGUCACAGGAAGCUAGCGAAGCUCCAACGCAGCCUGAGGUGCCUCUCGGGGCAGGAAACUGACAGUGUGGACCCUGUGGCCGGGGUCUCGGGGUCUCUCCCAGGGGAGCAGUGGUGGCCGCGGGAUGGGGAGCUGGUUCUGAGGAUGCGCCUCAGUGUGGGUGGGCGGGUUUGACGCACAGAAAGCCGAAGGCCUGGAGCGCUCGGCCGGCUUCUGGAAACACACGGGCUCCUGCUCCCUGUCCCGCCCCCGGCCCUCCAUCAGCGACAAGCCAUGGCGUGCCCCGGGCAUGCAUGCAAUACCGCAGGACCAACCAGAGCAAUACUGAAUUGUCAUCAGAUCUAAAUAACAUAUAUAUUAACACACAAACUUUAUCUUCCUGCGUUUUUGAAACAAAGUAGUGCGUUGUACAUAUCCAUAAUCUACUAUAGUUAUUUCACUGUUUGUAAUAUUUCAGAAGUGCUCAUUCUUUGUAGAAUAAACAUGUUAAAUAUUUUAAAAGUUGCUUUGUGAUAAUUUUUCUAAGUCUGUAAUGUGUGGCUUUUACGUAAGUUCUCGGGAAACAUCCACAGCUCCCGGGUCUCGGCAGCUCGGAGCUCCGCCCAGGGGCGCGGAGCACGCCGAGUGGCUGUUAGGCCUGGGCGAUGUCUGUGCGUGUAUUUAUAGUUAAAGUGUUUUACUGUUCCAAUUCCAUUAUCUGUCAGAUUUUAAUUACUCUUCAGUUACAGAAAUCACCCUUGCAUUCUGGCUCCCAGCUGCCAGUGAUGUUCUGGAAACAAUGAACCAUUAAAUAAAGCUUUCGUUCUGACACCC